UCAUUGAGUUGUGUCAUGCGUGGUUCAUGGUGCAAGCGUACUGGAGUUUGGAGAUAGUAGUGGAGAUACUGUGUUUAGAUUCGUUUGUUAACAGCUUAUAAACUUUUUUCUGAGGACGGAACAACACACGAUAAUAUUUUUAUUUGGUUAUUUAUGCAAUACUGAAAAUAUUUGGCCCUAAAGGACCAUACAAUGACGGAAUAUAAGCUGGUUGUUGUAGGAGCUGGAGGUGUUGGUAAAAGUGCACUUACUAUACAGCUGAUCCAGAACCAUUUUGUUGAUGAAUACGAUCCAACAAUUGAGGAUUCAUAUAGAAAACAAGUUGUGAUAGAUGGUGAAACUUGUUUACUUGAUAUAUUGGACACCGCUGGCCAAGAAGAGUACAGUGCAAUGCGAGAUCAAUACAUGCGAACCGGUGAAGGAUUUUUAUGUGUGUACGCUGUGAAUAAUGAAAAGUCAUUUGAAGAUAUUCAUUCUUAUCGAGAACAGAUUCAACGGGUAAAAGAUUCUGAAGAAGUCCCGAUGGUUUUGGUCGGAAACAAGAUCGAUCUUCCAAACAGAAAUGUGGAUCAGAAAUCAGCAGGACAGUUAGCAAAGACAUUCGGUAUACCUUACAUUGAAACAUCAGCAAAGACAAGACAAGGAGUUGAUGAAGCUUUUUAUACACUAGUUCGAGAAAUAAGAAAGGAUAAAGAGAAGAGGAACAUUUCAAAGAACAAGAAACCUAGCAGGCGGAAGUGCUGCUUGUUUUAAGAGAAGGAAAACUCGGGGCAAAAUGAUAUGGGCAUACGGAUUUCAAAUUUAUACUGUAAAUAAUUUUCGGAAACCUGUACUAAGUAUUGUUGUAGUCCUGUCAGUUAUACAUGUAUAUACUGUAUACUUCUCUGCAUGGACAGAUUUUGUGUCAAACAACCCUAAGGAAAAAAAAAAAUCUGACCUAGUAAUCUAUUAUUACCUAGUUAAUCUGUCAAUUACCUAGUUAAUCUGUCAAUUUAACCUAGUUAAUCUAUCUAUUAUCUAGUUAUCUGUGAAAUAAUAAUCCCUCCCUGUGCCCUUGUCCAUAGUUUCAUAUAGGAAAAAGAUUUUUUUAUUGUUUAUUAUUAUACAUGAGUAGUAUACGUAACCUUUCUAUUCUACUGUAACUAGGUUGGUUGGAUCCGAGAGAUAGAAUUAAAAGAAAAUUUACUGUAUAUGAAAUCUCAGUUAUGGAUCCAAGCAUCCUAUCAAAAUGUUGAUUUUGAUAUUUUUAAUGUUUUUUUUUUUUUAUUUGUUUAAAAAUAAAUGCCUAGUUUAGAAUUGUGCCUGUGGAUUUAUAAUCAGGCCUGUGUUUCGAUAUAUGUAGAGAAAACCACCCUAUAUUUUGAUAAUUUAGUCAAAUUGGCAUUAACACAUCAUGAUAGGAAAUGUAUCUUAAAAUCAAUUUUUUUUAAUGAAAUGAAUUUUUAUUAAAGCCUAUCAACGAUUCUGUCUUUAAAUAAAUAUAAAAGCUCAACUGAAAGAUAAAAUAGUGUAUACAUUUACAAGUUGUGUGCAUUUGUGUGUGGGUGGGUGUGUGUGGGGGUGUGUGUGAGGGUGUGCAUGUAUAGUUAUAUGUGAAGGGUUGAAAUUGGAGGAGAAAUCUGUACCAAAUCAUCUAAAGACAUUCAAUUUCAAUUAAUAAAAUAAAAAGAAAAUGUUAUUAAAUACGAAUGAACAUAGAAAAAAAAAUUAAAUUACAACAGUUUUGAUUAAAAUGAAUCGCCCCAGAAUUUAAAUAUAACUUGAUUGGUUACCUAGAAUAAUAUUAAGGAUUAAAACAACUUUGAAACAAAGAAACACAUUGGUAUUUAUAGUUUUGUUUUUUAUUAAGUAAUUGAUUAAGAAAAAAGGUGAACACAAAAACUAACUUCAAAAACUAAUAUUAAGAAAUAAUAAUCAUACCUAUGAUUAGGUUAAUUAUUGUAUACAAUUUGUCACAAUGGAUGAUGUGUUCGCUGUCAGUAAACUGAACAAAUUAUGAGGUCUUAAGUUCUGAUCUACACUGUCAACUUUAAUGUUUGACAAAUUGGUGUGUGAAUCACCCAUAAUAUGAUGAUGUCAUAUCAUAACCAUAUAUGGGCAUGAUGAUGGCAUAUCAUACCCAUAUACAGGCAAGAUGAGAUCAUAUCAUACCCAUAUACAAACAUAAUGUCAUAUAUCCAUAUAUGAGCAUGAUGUCAUAUCAUACCCAUAAAAGGGAAUAAUGAUGUCACAGAGAUAUCUGUAUAUAGGUCGGAUGAUGUCAGCAUAUAUCCAUAUAUGGGCAAAUCACCGAUACUUAUCACAUAAACCUUCAUAGUGUGGAUGGAACUUUAAUAUAAUCUAUGUAAUAAAUCUUAAAUCAAUUGAAAGUUUUAAUGAGAAAAUGUUUUUUUUCAUUAUGAUAACAGAUGCUUAAACUAUGCCAAUUUUUUUCAAUAUUCUUUUCAUAGACCCUUAAAUUCGCUGAUAAUCAAAUCUGAGGAUGUUUGUAAUAAAAUGUCUAUAAAUGAGUAAAAAA